AUGGUGGGUGCAAAGGCCAUCACGGGCCCCAGCACCUCCCUCCGCCUGGCACAGCAACGCAGUGAAGACAGCAAUGUCAGCGUGAAUCCUCCCUUCUAUCAGAUGUCCUGCUGUGGGCCUGUUCCCUGUACCUGCUGCUGCCAUUCUAGGUGGCCUCAUCUCACAGAGUCCACUUGUAGCCGCCUAUCCUACAUAAUCCUCCAUGUAGGGGCCUCAGCAGUCUGCUGCCUGCUGCUGUCAAGAACAGUAGUGGAGAGGGUCUGGGGCAAGGCUAAUGGCAUCCAGAUGCCCUCGGGGUUUUGUGCCCAUCUGUUUGGCCACUCUCACUGCCCAGUGCUCAGUGGCUCUGGGGCUGUGUACCGAGUUUGUGCAGGAACUGCCACCUUCCACCUGCUGCAGGCUGUGCUGCUGGUCCACCUGCACUCCCCUACCAGCCUUCGGGCACAGCUGCAUAAUAGCUUCUGGCUCCUCAAGCUGCUGUUCCUGCUAGGUCUCUGUGCUGUUGCCUUCUGCAUCCCUGAUGAGCAUCUUUUCCCAGCCUGGCAUUACAUUGGCAUCUGUGGAGGCUUCACAUUCAUCCUGUUGCAGUUGGUGCUUAUCACAGCCUUCGCCCAUUCCUGGAAUAAGAACUGGCAGACAGGUGCAUUCCAAGACUGCCGCUGGUUCCUAGCCAUGCUGCUGGCCACCCUAGGAUUCUACAGCAUGGCAGGUGCGGCAGCAGCGUUCCUGUUCCACCACUACACGCACCCAGCUGGCUGCCUGCUCAACAAGAUGCUGCUCAGUCUGCACCUUUGUUUCUGUGGUCUCCUUUCCGUCCUCUCCAUCGCUCCUUGCAUCCGCCUCAAGCAACCCCGCUCUGGCCUUCUACAAGCCUCUAUCAUCAGCUGUUAUAUCAUGUACCUGACCUUCUCUGCACUGUCCAGCCGACCUCCAGAGAGUGUAAUUCUUCAAGGACAGAAUCACACACUGUGUCUGCCUGGCCUGAGUAAAAUGGAACCCCAAACACCAGAUACUUCUCUGGCAGUGUUGAGUGCUGGCAUCAUGUAUGCUUGUGUGCUUUUUGCUUGCAAUGAGGCUUCCUACCUGGCUGAAGUAUUUGGGCCCUUGUGGAUCAUCAAGGUUUACAACUAUGAGUUCCAGAAGCCCUCACUCUGUUUCUGUUGCCCUGAAACAGUGGAGCCAGAGGAAGGGCAAAGAGGAGCUGCCAGGCCAGCUGACCAAGAGACCUCUCCAGCUCCUCCAGUGCAAGCCCAGCAUCUUUCCUACAGCUAUUCUGCCUUCCACUUCGUCUUCUUCCUUGCAUCACUCUAUGUCAUGGUUACCCUUACCAACUGGUUCAGCUAUGAGGGAGCAGAACUGGAAAAGACCUUCACCAAGGGUAGCUGGGCUACCUUCUGGGUCAAGGUUGCCUCAUGCUGGGCUUGUGUACUCCUCUAUCUGUGGCUGCUACUGGCACCACUCUGUUGGUCCCCCACCCAGAACCCCAAGCCUCCUCCUAUCUUCAGGCAACAAUGUCAUCGUAUUAGUAUCGCCAGAUAACAAAUAGCCAUUCUAGGUAU